AUGGAAAGAUUACAAAGAUUAUUAGGACAAGGAGGAGGAUUAGGUGGAGCAGCACCUCCACAGAGUGAUGGACCAGCAAUUGAUAAUUCCGAAACUGUUUACAUAUCGUCUUUGGCAUUGCUUAAGAUGUUGAAACAUGGACGAGCAGGUGUGCCGAUGGAAGUUAUGGGAUUGAUGUUGGGAGAAUUCGUGGACGAUUUCACUAUCCAUGUGCAUGAUGUGUUUGCCAUGCCUCAAUCUGGUACUGGUGUUUCUGUGGAAGCUGUGGACGAUGUUUUCCAAACUAAAAUGAUGGAUAUGCUCAGACAAACCGGUAGAGAUCAAAUGGUUGUUGGAUGGUACCAUUCACAUCCAGGUUUUGGAUGUUGGUUAUCUUCUGUUGAUGUCAAUACCCAACAAUCGUUUGAACAGUUGAAUAAACGUGCUGUCGCUGUUGUUAUAGAUCCAAUCCAGUCGGUGAAAGGGAAAGUUGUAAUUGAUGCUUUUAGAACCAUUGAUGCCACCACUUUGAUGAUGGGCCAAGAACCACGUCAAACCACAUCCAAUGUUGGUCAUUUAAAUAAGCCAUCCAUUCAGGCAUUGAUUCACGGGUUGAACCGUCACUACUACUCAUUGAACAUUGAUUACCACAAAACCGCAUACGAAACAAACAUGUUGUUGAAUUUACAUAAAAAGAACUGGCAAUCAGGAUUGAAGUUGGUUGAUUAUAAUCAUAAAGAAGUUGAGAAUUUGGACAAUACCGAAAAGAUGGUUAACAUUGCCAAGUUAUACAACCAAAGAGUUCAAGAAGAAAAGGAAUUAACAGAGGAACAAUUGAAAACAAGAUAUGUUGGUAAACAAGAUCCUAAGAAACACUUAUCUGACACUGCUGAAAAAUUGAUAGAUGAUAAUAUCAGUACUUUGCUUACAGGAAAUAUUGAUGCUGUAGCCAUUCAAUAG